UGUGACGGUCAGGUUAUAUAUUUAUUUAAUCUCCUCUCUCUGUCGCUCUCUUUCUAUCUGCAAUUCGUUUGUCUUUCCUUUUAUUACGUCGUAGUCCAGUGUUUCCCGGUACGACGCCGCAUAUCGGAAUCAUCAGAAACAAACAUCCACAUAUCCAAACAAAUCAAAUACAAACAAACCUACAAAAUGGCAUCCACAACACCAUCAACAACCACCCAACCAACCCCUCUAAACACAACCCUUACCUCCGAUCCAACAUCCUCCACCUCCACUGAACCAAUCUCCAUCUCCCCAACAACCAAUACAGAACAACACCGCACAGACGGCCGCCGCAACUCCUUCGGCGAGAUCCUACCUUCUCCCACUGAGAGCUGGAAACCGACCUUCAAUCGCGUGCAGAGCUGGAAUCGCGAGGAUCGGAAGAGGGAGAUCGUUUUGCAGAGGGAGAUUGCCGCGCAUGAGGGGUAUGGUGGGGGGUUUAGUGAGAAGAAGUAGUUGAUAUCAACGAACGCAGAGUAUUGGGAAAGGAGCUGUGACAAUGCAAUGAAAGGGGAUGAAUGGCGUUUGGGUUUGGUGCGGUACUUGCUUGCCUUAAGGGAGAGGAUGGAGAAAGGAUGGAAAGAGAUUCAGAUUGAUGAAUGGGUACACACUUGCAUACAUGGGUUUCGGCUUGGGUGGGGUUUUCUGCAUGAGUUUUUCAAUGGGACGAGGGAAAUGCAUACAUACCUACGUUGGUUUCUGUGCUUCGAGUCUUGGGGCCACGGUGAUGUGAAAUCUUCUUCUGUGGUGUCGUGUUCGAGUGCUGUUC